GUCUACCAAGCCAAUCACCCGGAUACCCUCAUCAAGAAUCGAAACAUCCAGGCGGUGCCCAUUCGACAGCUUGAGAAGCUGGCGGCUGACUUGUGGCUCAUGUCACCUCCUUGCCAGCCAUAUUCGCGCCAAGGCCAUCAGCGCGGGCUGGAAGACGCCCGCUCUGACAGCUUUCGGUACCUCCUUGACGCCCUCACCCAGAUGAAGAACCCACCGUCGGUCAUCUUGGUAGAGAACGUGGUUGGCUUCGAGUCCAGCCAAGGCCGCGAAGAGCUGGUGGCAACGUUGAAUACCCUCCAGUAUCGAUUUCAAGAGUUUUGGCUCUCCCCAGAUCAGUUUGGGGUGCCCAAUAGUCGGUUGCGCUACUUUUUGCUGGCCAUUCGCGGCGAUCGAUUUCGUGCCGAGCCCUCUGCCACGGCAGCAGAUGCAGCUUUUGGCAACUCCUCGACCUUGAUGUAUCAUCUACCCGGUGCGCUCCAAUUCGAGCCAGGACUACCAACUAGCGAGUUUGGCACAUUCGAUGACGCCUAUCGUGUUGCUGUUGAACAAAGUCAAGUUUCCGACUAUUCAUAUCCGCAACAGGUGUGUAUCGCAGAAGCCUGCGCCAUCGGGUCAAAAAAAAAAAAAAAUAAUGCGGGAUGUCUCACGUCCCACCCGCCGCGUAUGGGGAUUUUGUCCUCCACUCAUCUCGCUCGGCACCUACCUGGCAGCGGCCGGUUGUUAUUGCGAUGGGGCCGGCUGUUGGACAUUGUGCGACCGGAAGAGCGACGCAGCUUGUGUUUUACCAAGGGUUAUUCGCAUAAAGUCGAAGGCACUGGCUCUGUGUUUCAGGUAUGCAUAUGCGUAGCAAUCCCAAUGGCGUUUGAGCAGCUCGACGUGCCGUCUCCUGGUGCGGGCUGGCCUGCUGUCGAGGCCUUGGAGCUUCGAUAUUUUACGCCACAGGAGAUGCUGCGGCUUCAUGGAUUCCCGACAGAUUUUGUUAUUCCGUCCAGCGUGACAGACCGUCAGGCCCGCAAGGCAAUUGGCAAUAGCCUUUGUGUCACGAUUGUCGCCCACUUGUUGGACCUC